AUGUGUGACUGGAAUACAAGAGAGCUUAAAUCCAUACUGCAGAAGAGCAGUGCAGGGAUAAAGCUAGAACUGGAUUCGGGACAGAUAUCAGUGGAUGGAUUUAUGCGAUAUCUGAGUGGAGAAGAAAACGGCGUUGUUCCACCUGAGAAACUGGAUUUAAAUGAAGAUAUGUCUCAACCACUGUCACACUAUUUCAUCAAUUCCUCACACAACACCUACCUCACAGCUGGGCAGCUGGCCGGUAACUCAUCGGUGGAGAUGUAUCGGCAAGUGCUUUUGUCAGGCUGCCGCUGUGUGGAGCUGGACUGCUGGAAAGGACGAACAGCUGAGGAGGAGCCGGUCAUUACACACGGAUUCACGAUGACAACUGAAAUAUCCUUCAAGGAAGUAAUAGAAGCUAUUGCUGAAUGUGCAUUUAAGACAUCGCCCUUUCCAAUCCUCCUUUCCUUUGAAAACCAUGUGGAUUCCCCUAAACAACAGGCAAAAAUGGCAGAGUACUGCAGAUUAAUAUUUGGAGAUGCAUUGCUUAUGGACCCAUUGGAAAAAUACCCGCUUGAAUCUGGGGUUCCUCUUCCAAGUCCUAUGGAUUUAAUGUACAAAAUUCUGGUGAAGAAUAAAAAGAAGUCACACAAGUCUGCAGAUGGAAGUGCAAAAAAGAAGCUCUCGGAGCAAGCUUCCAACACAUGCAGUGAUACAUCUAGUAUGUUUGAACCUUCCUCCCCUGGAGCAGGAGAAGCAGAUAUUGAGAGCGAUGACGAUGAUGACUAUGAUGAUGACUGUAAAAAGUCGUCGAUGGAUGAAGGUACUGCUGGAAGUGAGGCUAUGGCCACCGAAGAGAUGUCUAACCUGGUGAACUACAUUCAGCCUGUGAAGUUUGAGUCAUUUGAAGUAUCAAAAAAACGCAACAAAAGCUUUGAAAUGUCUUCCUUUGUGGAAACGAAAGGGCUCGAGCAACUGACGAAGUCUCCUGUGGAAUUUGUGGAAUACAACAAAAUGCAGCUAAGCCGAAUUUACCCAAAGGGAACACGUGUAGAUUCUUCCAACUACAUGCCACAAGUCUUCUGGAAUGCUGGCUGCCAGAUGGUUGCUCUUAACUUCCAAACUGUAGAUUUGUCUAUGCAAAUAAACAUGGGAAUGUAUGAGUACAAUGGCAAAAGUGGCUACAGAUUAAAGCCAGAAUUCAUGAGAAGACCAGACAAACACUUUGAUCCAUUUACUGAAGGUAUAGUGGACGGAAUAGUAGCUAACACCUUGUCUGUCAAGAUCAUUUCAGGUCAGUUUCUUUCUGAUAAAAAAGUGGGUACCUAUGUAGAAGUGGACAUGUUUGGCCUACCUGUGGAUACAAGAAGAAAAGCUUUGAAGACCAAGACCUCUCAAGGCAAUGCAGUUAAUCCUGUCUGGGAAGAGGAAACCAUAGUGUUUAAGAAGGUUGUUCUGCCUUCCCUCGCAUGUUUGAGACUCGCAGUGUAUGAAGAAGGAGGGAAAUUUAUCGGUCAUCGGAUAUUACCAGUCUCAGCAAUUCGACCAGGCUAUCACUACAUCUGUUUGAGAAAUGAGAGGAACCAACCUUUGACACUGCCAGCUCUCUUUGUGUACAUAGAGGUCAAAGACUAUGUACCUGACACUUAUGCAGAUGUGAUCGAGGCCUUAUCCAAUCCAAUCAGAUACGUAAACUUGAUGGAGCAGAGAGCUAAGCAACUGGCUGCACUGACUCUGGAAGAUGAAGAAGAGGUAAAGAAAGAGAUUGACCAUGGAGAUGCACCAUCAGAAGCUAACAGUGAACCCAGGCCAACACCAGCAGAAAAUGGGGUCAAUUACACUGCCUCUCUUACACCGAAACCAGCAACUCAGGUUGUCCAUAGUCAACCAGCACCAGGUUCGGUGAAAGCACCUGCAAAGACAGAAGAUCUUAUUCAGAGUGUCCUCACAGAAGUGGAAGCACAGACCAUUGAGGAGCUAAAACAACAGAAGUCUUUUGUUAAGCUACAGAAGAAGCAUUACAAGGAAAUGAAGGACCUUGUAAAGAGGCAUCACAAGAAAACCACUGACCUUAUCAAAGAGCACACUGCGAAGUAUAAUGAAAUCCAAAAUGACUACCUGCGACGGAGAUCAGUUCUAGAAAAGACAGCAAAAAGAGACAGUAAGAAAAGAUCUGAAACGGGCAGCCCAGACCACAGUUCUUCAACUAUUGAACAGGAAUUAGCUGCACUUGACUCUGAAAUGACCCAGAAGCUAGUUGAGCUGAAGGAGAAGCAACAUAACCUCCGACAGGAGCAGUAUUACAGUGAGAAGUACCAGAAACGAGAGCACAUUAAGCUGCUUAUUCAGAAGUUGACAGACGUAGCAGAGGAGUGUCAGAACAGCCAGCUAAAGAAACUGAAAGAAACAUGUGAAAAAGAAAAGAAAGAAUUGAAGAAAAAAAUGGACAAGAAGAGGCAGGAGAAGAUCACAGAAGCAAAGUCCAAGGACAAAAAUCAAAUGGAAGAGGAGAAGACUGAAAUGAUUCGAUCCUAUAUCCAGGAGGUGGUGCAGUACAUAAAACGGUUAGAAGAUGCUCAGAGUAAAAGACAGGAGAAACUUGUAGAAAAACACAAGGAGAUCCGUCAGCAAAUACUGGAUGAAAAGCCUAAGUUGCAGGUGGAACUUGAUCAGGAAUACCAAGACAAAUUCAAAAGACUGCCUUUGGAAAUUCUGGAGUUUGUACAGGAAGCCAUGAAAGGGAAAAUCAGUGAAGAUGGAGACCACAGUUCUGCCCCUUCUUCCCUGACAUCUGACAGUGGAAAAUCAAAUCAUAAACCUCUGCAAAGUGAAGAGGAAUUGGAAGAAGAUAACCCGGAAAAGGUGUUCGAUACUACUUUUUAA